CGAGAGAGACGAGUGAAACACACAAGAAGGUUAACCCCUUUUUUUAAACUUUCUUGACUCCCACGCUUCUCGCGAAAGAUUAAACGAAUCCAUUUAGGUUUUUUUUAGAACACAAUAAUAAAAUAAAAUAAACAUGGUUCGGCUCAAAUUCGCAUGUCCCGUCCUCGAAAUCAACUUAAUCUCAGCACAAGACCUAGCCCCUAUCUCAAAAAACAUGAAAACAUACUCAGUCGCGUGGAUCAACACCGACCCCAUGCGCAAACUCACGACGCGUGUCGACCAAGCAAACCGAUCCAACCCUAUCUGGAACAAGAAGUUCGUCUUCCGCGUCGACGACAAGAUCCUCGACGUCGACGCGUCGUCGAUAGUCAUCGAGAUCUACGCGGCGGCUUGGGCCAAAGACGCGCUCGUCGGGACCGUGAACGUUCUUCUCAGCGACCUCUUCGCUCCUUGGUCCGGCUUCGGGGACGGCGACGGCGGCGGCGGCGGGAACAACAACAUGAGGCUCGUGACGCUUCAGAUACGCCGUCCGUCCGGGAGGCUUCAAGGCUUUUUGCGUCUAGGCGUUGCGCUUCUCGACGGCGGUCAGAGGAGCAUGCCGUUGUCGGUCGAGGUUUUCGAUGGAAGCCGGAGAGAUAGUAAGAGAGGUGAUGCGAAGAUGAUGCAUCGUCGUACGAAUAGCGAUCAGACGGAUUUAUCUACGUCGACUAAUGACUACGGAGUGAAGACAGGGGUUGUUACUGGAGGAGGUGGUAGUGGUGGAGGUGGUGGUGUUGAUAGUAUGGUGAAUGGUUCGCUUUGUAGCUCUGAUAUAGGACCGUCCGCGUCUGUGGUUGCGGCCGCGAUUGCUCAGGGGCUUUACAACAGACAGAAAACAACGGUUAAAGCGGUUGCGGGGAAGGAGGACGCGAGUUCGAUACUCGAAGGGAAGACGGAAGGGAUUGAGCAUAGAGUUGAGAGGUGGAGAGCGGAGAAAAGCGCGGGUAGGGCGGUUGAAGCGGCUGGAUCGAGCGAUGAUUCUAGCGGGAAAGGAGGAGGAGGGAGGAGGCAGAGGAGGAGGAGGAGGCGGAGGAAGGAGAAGCAACGGAGGAGAAACGGCGAAGGUAAAAAAGGGUUGUUCUCGUGUUUUGGAAACGUGUUUGGAUGUGAGAUUUCGAUUACUUGCGGCGGUGGGAGCGGCGGAGGAGAAGGAGACAGCACGAAGAAGAAGUAUAAUAACAAUAAAGUAGUGAAUCUUAGUGCUGUAGACGAAACGUUUAGUCAUUCUGCGACUUGA